AUUCAUAAAGUUAAAGAUGAUAAAUCCCAGCAUAUACAGGAAAAGAAGAGGAAAUAAAAAUGCAAAGUAAAGGCAAAGUGAAUAUCAUGCAUGAAAAGCAUCUAAGACCUUCUUUUUCAUUGCUUCUUUAUAUUCACUUAUCUUAAAACAUUCAAACUCAUCAUCUGUAGUGGAGUUUUUCUAGUUCACCACUUCUUUUUUUCUUUGUUGAAAUAAUUAUAUGACCUCAUUUCAUCCACACCAUUCUCUUGGCUACUGAUUUUUCUGAUAUGAAGCUUCUUAUUAUUUCUUUAAUUUGCUGUCUUUUUCUUGCUGUGCCAUGUUCUUCAUCUUCUUCUUUGCAUGGCCUCUCUCUUAGAAGACAGGCCUCGAUUCUUGUAUCGCUUAAACAGUCAUUCCAAGUCUCUGAACCUUUUUUGAAUUCUUGGAAUGUUGGGAAUUAUAGUUCACUAUGUUCUUGGACUGGUGUAAGUUGUGACACUAGAAAGAAGUUUGUACUUAUUCUUGAUAUCUCUAAUUUGAAUCUCUCUGGAUUUCUGUCAUCCGCGAUCACUGAACUCAGGACUCUUGUUAAUAUUUCAGUUGCUGGAAAUGGUUUUACAGGCAGUUUCCCACAAGAUUUUCAUAAGCUGUCAAGGCUUCGAUACCUUAAUAUUUCAAGUAAUCAGUUCAAUGGAAGUUUGAACUUGGAUUUUUCAAGAUUGUUGGAACUUGAAGUGUUGGAUGCUUACGACAAUGGCUUUUCAGGCUCACUUCCUACAAGUGUUACUCAUCUCACAAAACUGAAGCAUUUGAACUUUGGAGGGAAUUUCUUUUCGGGCACUAUACCACCUAGCUAUGGAGGCCUAAUGCAGCUUAACCACUUGUCAUUAGCAGGUAAUGAUUUGCGUGGUCUGAUUCCUGGUGAGCUUGGUAACCUUACUAAUCUGGAGAAGCUUUAUUUGGGCUAUUUUAAUCAAUUUGAUGGUGGGAUACCAAAAGAGUUUGGUAAGCUGAUCAACUUGGUUCAUCUGGACCUUGCUAAUUGUGACUUGGAAAGUCCAAUUCCAACUGAAUUAGGCAAUUUGAGGAAGCUGGACACAUUGUACUUGCAGAAAAACCAGUUAUCUGGCUCAAUUCCAUCUCAAUUGGGUAAUCUCACUAGCUUGAGAUUUCUUGAUCUUUCACUCAAUGGUCUCACAGGAGAAAUUCCAGAUGAGUUUUCGGCUUUUCAAGAACUUGUGGUUUUUAAUCUUUUCAUCAACAAACUUCAUGGGGAUAUACCUCACUUCAUCGAGGAGUUGCCUAAAUUGGAAGUCCUGAAUUUGUGGCGGAAUAAUUUCACAGGAUCAAUUCCUUCGAAUCUUGGAAAGAAUGGCCAGCUCACUGAACUUGAUCUCUCUACCAACAAGCUGACUGGUUUUCUUCCAAGGUCUCUAUGCUUUGGGGGGAAACUGAAGAUCUUGAUACUUCUCAACAAUUUUCUUUUUGGGCCUUUACCAGAUAAUCUGGGGAAUUGCGAGACGCUAUCAAGAGUUAGGUUGGGGCAGAACUUUUUUAGUGGAUCAAUACCAAGAGGGUUUCUCUACUUGCCUCAACUGUCACUCAUGCAACUCCAAAAUAAUUACCUGUCAGGGCGGUUCGAGGAGGAGGACAGCAUUGUGUCAUCUGAACUUGAUGAGAUGGAUAUCUCAAACAAUCACAUGUCAGGUUCUCUCCCUACCUCUCUUGGGAAAUUUUCAGGCCUAAAGAUUCUUCUGUUAAGUGGCAACAAUUUCACAGGUGAAAUUCCUAAUAGUAUAGGCCAGCUAAAAAGCAUCUUAAAGCUUGAUUUCAGUAGAAAUAACUUAUCUGGCAAUAUCCCACCUGAAAUAGGAAACUGUACUUCACUUGCUUAUUUAGACUUGAGCCAAAACCAACUUACUGGCCCUAUCCCAGUUCAGAUGUCCCAAAUUCACAUACUCAAUUACCUCAAUAUCUCAUGGAACCACUUGAGCCAAGGUCUACCCAAGGAAGUUGGAUAUAUGAAGAGCCUCACAUCAGCAGAUUUUUCCCAUAAUAAUUUCAAUGGCUCAAUUCCUGAAACAGGACAGUAUUCAUUCUUCAACGUCACUUCCUUCAUUGGAAAUCCUGACCUUUGUGGAUCUAACUUGAGCCCAUGCAACUCUUCUUCAACCUCGCCAUUACAAGCCAAAGACCAAGAUGCUAAAAAAUCAAAGGUACUAGGAAAAUAUAAGCUAAUGCUUGCAUUAGGCCUCUUACUGUGCUCCCUCAUAUUUGUCAUUUUAGCAAUUGUCAAGACACGAAAGUCAAAGACAAGUUCACGUGCUUGGAAGCUCACAGCAUUUCAAAAGCUAGAAUUUGGGAGUGAGAACAUCUUAGAAUGCUUGAAAGAUAACAAUAUUAUAGGGAGUGGUGGAGCAGGGGUUGUUUAUAGCGGAAGAAUGCCAAACGGAGAGCAAGUAGCAAUCAAGAAGUUGGGAAUAAGCAAAGGUUCCUCUUCUCAUGAUAAUGGUCUUUCUGCAGAAAUCAAAACAUUGGGCAGUAUUCGACAUAGAUAUAUUGUUCGAUUGCUUGCAUUUUGUUCAAAUAAAGAGAUGAAUUUGCUUGUUUAUGAGUACAUGCCAAACGGAAGUUUAGGGGAAGUUCUUCAUGGAAAGCAAGGUGGAUGCCUUAAGUGGGAUACAAGGUUGAAAAUAGCCGUAGAAGCUGCCAAGGGCUUGUGCUAUUUGCACCACGAUUGUUCCCCUCUGAUACUCCACCGCGACGUGAAGUCUAACAACAUUUUACUUGCUUCUGAUUUUGAGGCUCAUGUAGCUGAUUUUGGACUAGCCAAGUUCCUUCAAGACAAUGGAACAUCAGAAUGCAUGUCCGCAAUUGCUGGCUCGUAUGGCUACAUUGCUCCAGAGUAUGCAUAUACAUUGAAAGUCGAUGCGAAGAGUGAUGUUUACAGCUUUGGUGUAGUCCUCCUAGAGCUUGUAACAGGCCGAAGGCCAGUUGGAGGAUUUGGAGAAGAUGGCUUAGAUAUCGUUCAAUGGACUAAAAUUCAAACAAACUGGAGCAAAGAAGGGGUGGUGAAAAUCCUCGAUGAGCGCCUGAAAAAUGUCCCCAUAGACGAAGCAAUGCAGAUGUUUUUCGUGGCAAUGCUAUGUGUUCAAGAGCACAGCGUGGAACGUCCUACCAUGAGAGAAGUUGUUCAGAUGCUCUCGCAAGCUAAACAACCAAACACAUUUCAAAUUCUGUAACUCAUGUUCCGUUUGUAAUAGUUUAUAAACUAAUGCACCAAAAAAUGAAGUGGUUAAUUAGUGAUUUAGGUUGCUGCAUAAGCAAAAGUACUUAAAGGGUCAUAUUGCAGUUUCAAGAUUACCAGCUAAGAGUAAAUAUAGCAUUAUUUGUAUUAUUUGUUUUCUUGCUCUUUCUCAGCUUCUUUGUUCCCUGGUCCUGUAAUAUGGUGGAAUGUAGUGAGCCUGAUGAUAUUGAAGCUCUUUUGUUUUUUAA